AUGAAUCAUUUCGUCCGUUUGUACGGCGAUGCCUGCGCGGCGGAGGGGCUUUCGAUGAAUCCCGCCGUUAUCGAGCGCCUGGCGCGGGCCGUUGCGGAGGUCGACGCGCAGGCGCCGGGCGCGCCCCUCCUGACGCUCCGUUUCGACGGCCUGGUGUGCGGCGAGGGGGAUUGGGCGGCCGUUUCGGCUGCGCUCCCCGGCCUGGCCCUGGGGGCUCUGAGCCUGGAGGAGUCCUAUGUGGGGGACCUUGGGCUCCGCGCCGUCUGCCGCGGGCUCGCCUCGGGGCCCGCUUUGGGGGCUUUGGGGGUCGGGCGGCAGCCCUCGCCCUGCGGGCUGCGAUCGCUCGUUCUGAAACACGCCGCCCUUCGCGACGCCUCGCCGCUGGCCGAGGCCCUCGCGGCCUGCCCGCGGCUUUCGUUUUUGGAUCUGUCCCGGAAUCGCCUCGGGGUGUGUGCGGAGGGGGUGGUGGGGCUCUGCCGCGCGCUUGGCGUGCACCCCGGGCUGGCGGCGGUGGACUUGGCGGAUAACCUGCUCCAGGGCCGCCGCGGCGGCGACGUCGUGCAGGCGCUGUCGGAGCUUUUGGUCCGCAGUGGUCGCCCCGAGAGCGCGUUGCGCGCGCUUCACCUUCAGGAUAACCAACUCGGGGAUUAUUUCUUGAUCCCAAGCACCCUGCCGGGAUCGCACCCUACGAGAUGGGGCGGCCUCGUGGACAGGGAGGGGGGGGCGGGCUUGGGGGUUUUGUGCGAGGGGCCGAAUGGAGCGAAGCUCGAAGCCGCCGGAGCGGUGCAGGACGCGAUGCUACCGUUCGUUCCGCCAAGUGCGCUCCUCGGCGCGCAUCCGUUCAUGGAGGCUUUGUUUCUGAAUAACACCCUUGAGGAGUUCCGCUUGGAGGGGAAUGGCUUUCCAGACGGGCUACUGGAGUGGAUCGAGGCAAAGAUGCGCGUAAACCGGCGAACCCGCCAACGCUAUAUGAAGGAGUUCAGCGCUCAAAAUAGAGAUGAGCUCCCCAUUGUGAUGGACACCUAG